GUCAGAACGAUCAAGAACAUGAGGUGGACUGCUGCUGGAAAUUUUCAUCAUCCACGACGCAUGCUCAAAGUAGUUGUGCUGGUGCACCUAGAAGUGCUGGAACGAUCUCGUCUCGUUUGACGAGUCCUCAACCGAGUACCACUGCGAUGCUAGUAAACAGUAGAGACAAGAGGCUUUUAGAAGAGAACAAUUGUCGAGGUCGAGAACGGGAUUUGCCUUCCUCUUCAUCUACAAGAACUGCGAGGCGAUGCAGAUCUUCAUACCAACAACAACAUCCAUACCAACAACAACAUCCAUACCAACAACAACAACAACAUCUCCUUCACAAAAACAAUAUAAGAAUAUCAACAAGUAAAACUACAGCCACAAGAACACCAGCAGUUGGAGAAUCAUGUUCGAGAAGAACUUCCCCUUCUGCUAGUCGUAUGCUGGCGAGUACGCCGUAUCGCUCGGUAGAGCCGAGUCUAUGCGAAACGAUCGACUUUGGAGAUCACUCCCUCAAACAGUUUGAAGAGGGAGACGACAAUUAUGUCGAAAAUCUCCAUCUUUUUGGACAAGAACAGCAGCAACAGUUUAUUCACUUUCAACAGGAUGAAGUACCUGGACAUGGUUUUGCUCCUAAUCAUCUGGUCCACUUGGAGGGCGAAGGAGUAAACUCGCGGAAAAAGGAACACCACCAGAGACGCGAAGAUCAUCAUGGCCAAGAACCACAGGAGGGCGAAGAUUUUGAUUUUGGUGGUAGUUCCGCUAUCAUCGUAGAAGUACCUCCCGGACAGGACGAGCUCGAGCACCAUACUUCGCAUACUUCGGAAGACAAUCUUCGUAAUCAUCUCACAUUCGCAGACCAGACAGAAAUCGCUUCUCCUUCUUCCUGUGGGUCACACUUAACCUUGACCCUAGCUGGCAUUCUGGCAGCAAGGGGCGCCUCCCCACGUCAGGAUUUUGACUUUCUGCCUUCAAGAAGAGAAAUCCAUCAUAUAAAAAACGACGUAGACCCUGCUGUUGUUCUUGAGGGUACUUCUAGUUCUAGAUUCCCGGACGACCACACCAAGAAGAGUAGCACCAACAUGCCUCCGACUUUAUUUGAAUUAAGGCUGUAG